CGCUCUCCGGUUGGUGUAGUUUAUUUAACAUCCGUGAUCGUGCGCUAGGUGUUGUAUAUGUCAGCAUUGAUAAUGUUUGCACAUGUGAUGAUACAUAUUAAUUGUUGUAGGAAAUGGCGGACGAUGAGUUAACUGAUAUGAUGUAUGACAUGGAGUUUGGAGAACUGAUGUAAGAUUGGAUAGAAGAUUGGUCAGAUGAUGAAAAUUCAGAUCGUGGAGAUAGGUCAGAGAAUGGGAACGUAUUGGAAGAUCUUAAUGAAAACAAUGAGCAUGAUGAUGGUGAGGAAAACAACUCGGAGAUCUCGAAUGAAGAUUACAUUAGUCAGCUCAUUUCCGAAUGUCAUAAUGCGUACGACUAUUACGGUGAAUCCGACGCGGAGACAGGCCUUGAUGUCGAAUCAUUAGCUGCACCUGAUUCUGGGGAGUCGCAAUCGUCGGUCAUCAUGAGUGAGGUGACAGAAGUUGAGGGGAAAAAGAAUGUCGAAGAUACUGCUAGUGCAGAUGAUAAGAGGGAUAUGUUCAUGCAGAUAAUACAAAUGACUUUUACGUCUCACGAGGCUGCGUAUGAUUUCUACAACAGCUAUGCUAGAGAUAAUGGUUUCAGCAUUAGAAAGAAUAGGGUCAGGUAUAGCAAAACCGAGUCAUGUCAUAUGCGUUAUAGGUGGUUUGUUUGUUCCAGACAAGGAAAACGUGACAGCAGGUUGCUAACCGAGGAAGGACACAGCCGUAGGCUCAGACCCGAGACACGCUGCCACUGCGAAGCGCACCUGACCGUGAAGCUUGACCAAAAGCGUGGGGUUUGGUAUGUUGAUAGUUUUGAGGACAAGCAUAGCCAUAUCUUGGCAGGACCGGACGAGGUACCUUUUCUUUGGUCCCACAGAAAAAUCAAAGAGUACCAGAGAGCUGAGAUACUGUCCAUGGGAGCUGCAGGGAUUAGAAUUCACGACAUGAUGGAUACCUUCAUCAGCAAACAUGUAUGGUAUGGCGGUGUUGGUUUUACCAGGCGUGAAAUAUACAACCUUUGCGCCAGGGAGAAGAGGAAGCUGCUUUCAAAAGGUGAUGCUGCCACAGUCAUAGGCAUCAUGGUCAGUAGGAAACAGAGGGAUCCUAGCUUCUUUUUCGAGUACAAGCUAGACAAGGAAGGACAUAUGAAUAGGAUGUUCUGGUGUGACUCCCAGUCUCGUCAUGACUAUGAGGACUUCGGCGACGUGCUUGUAUUUGACAACACGUACAAGAUGAACCGGUAUGGUAUGCCAUUCAUACCCUUUGUUGGUCUUAACAAUCACCGGAAGACCACUGUUUUUGCUUGUGCCAUAGUUUCAGACGAGACCAAAGAGACAUAUGUGUGGCUGCUGGAGACUUUUUUGAGGUCCAUGUGUCAAAAGAUGCCGAGGAGUGUUAUCACGGACGCCGACGCUGCGAUGAUCAAGGCAAUUCGCCAAGUCUUGCCAGACGUGUAG